AUGUUCCACCGACAACGUGUACGAAUUAACAUUUUUGCAGAAUUUUUUUUUUAUUCUUUUCGAUGGCUUGUUAAAUCAAUGAUUUUUCAAAUUGGCUGAAAACAAGAGCGGUGAAUGCGUAUUUUUUUAUGAUCGGAGAUCAGUCUACCGUUGAGUGUCGUUCAGAAAUGUUCUUUUGAAUAGAGCUCGUAUGAAUAACGUUUUUUUACGUGGUUGCUUGAGUGUUGCGUUCAAAUCGUGAUAGAUUGUCGGAUAGAUUUUUUACGUUGUAAAAGGAUUAUUCCAUUUGAAAGGCAAACAACCAUGACCUACGACAAGUUCAUCAUUUUGUUUUUGUGUCCAUUUGUGGCAUCGUUAGACACCCUCGACACACAAAUUUCAGACGAUCUUGAUACGAAAUUAUCAUCUCAACUUUAUGCUGAACAACAAUUCUUCGAUACUGGAGACGAUACAGAUCAAGAUGCAAGGCAUAAGAGAAGCCCAAAAUACGUUGUCCUCGAAUCGCAUGGCCUAAAAAGCCAUUUUCGUUCGAAAGGCGAACUACGUAACGUUCAAUCCGAUGAUGACGUUGCAUUCAAAAACUUUGACAAAACAAAUGAAUUUAUGCAGAACAUAGCUUAUGAUAAGCUCCAUCCACCGAAACAGGAUGCUGAAGUGGAAAACUUCAGACUACCUCGAAGUAUUGAACCGGAACAUAGAAGUGUUGAAAUGUCGACACCAGGUGCAGUUCAAACUCCUGAAAAACUUCCACAAGCCGAAGCACAAGUUAUGGAUGACUAUCAUCCGGAACGACGUAAUCAGCCCAUGCCAAUGGACAGAUGGACCAAGUCACCUUUCGACUAUUCAAAGGUGCAUAAUGAGGAAGACUCUCUAGCCGAAGCAACGUCGGUGAAUGAAGGAAUCAAAGCAAGAACUCCACGCGUAAACUUUAUAACCCAACAAAAGAGCUCCAAAUCGGAGAAUCCAAAUGACUCUGAUCAGAAAUCCAGUGCCACAAAACCAGAAAUCUACAGAAGUCAACCGUCAGCAAAGCCUAUCGAAGAUCGAUAUUAUCGGCGAGACUACGAUGAAUUACCGUAUUACCGUGACUCGGACCCAUAUUCAAGGCGAUAUGAUCGAUACAGUCGAUACGAACGUGACGAUAUGUUCAACUACAAUCCGUAUCCCAUGGACUAUUCGAGAUCUUUUGAUGUUUACGACAGAUAUAUGCCGAAAGAACCAGCGUACCCGGAUCAUUACUACGAUUACCCAGAUAGUCGAUAUGAUUUGCCAGAGCCGAGAGAUUAUCGUCCGCUGUACUCAAAUGAUAUAAGUGAUCGAGGUGAUCGGUAUCCCUACCAUCCGUAUCAGAUGCCUCCACCAGCCACCAACCGAAAUCGUCGAAUAAUCUACUAUGCUACACUACCAGAAAUUGUGAGGACUCCACCCAGUGUGGAUCUAAGAUACAAGUCGUACAACAAUCGCUACGACGAUCUGUACGACAACUAUGCUUAUUACAAUCGUGACAUGGAGAUAAAUCGUAAUCGGCCGGCGUAUUUACCGAAUGCCGGUGCGUUGAAAGAUGAGAGAACUUCGCAGAUGAAAAUUAAGGAAAAGCCUGGCAUUGUAGAUGCACCGGUUCGAGUAUCCGGAUCGCUGACAGUUAAGGAUCCGAACAGUCGUUUAAUUUAUUCGGGUCGUCAUGGAGAGGAUAUGAAUUCGUAUUAUUAGGCGUGUAGUUGCGUGUGAGAACUAACAUAAGUUUAAUUGGUUGCUGUAAAACAAAAAUUAUAUUCCAGGGGAUGUCGUUGCACUAUAAAAAAUUAUGUUAUAUAUGGCACCGCCUCAGGAUGUCAAAUUGAUAUGAUUUAUUUUGCUUUGGUUUCUUAAGCAUUUCUCUAAAAUGAAGUGGAAUUACUUGAAUCAAAGUAUUUUACUUCUCCGGAUUGAUUGAGCGAAGAUUGAAAAUAUCGCAAAAGCUCGAUAGUAACAACUCGCAUUACAACCAUCAACAAAAAGGUCCACUUAACAUUAAACCUUUUAAGAGAAAUCUUAAGGAACUUCAAUGCACAUUUUUAGUUCUACUCAAGUACGUUAACUUCGCUUACAUUCCAAACUUUAAGUGAAUUCAAUUAAAAUGCAUUUGAAGCUACAUAUAUCGUGUUGGUUUAGCGAUAAUAUCGAAUGAGCGAUAAUAUCGUUCCGAAUGACAUCUCCUCCCCUUGAAUUCUUGAUGGGAGGUUGUCCUUAAAUGUUGAAAUGAUUUCAUCAUUUGAUUCAAUCUCCCGUUGAAAAUUGACGCUCGUUAUUUUAAGCAAAAUGGAAACUGAGAAAUUAAUUUCCUGAAUUGUAAAUCUGUCUGCAUUUGAUGAUAUGAUACCGGAUCACUAUACACAAUACACCAGGCACCAUUUUAAAGAAAACAUUUACCCACAUUUUUCUAAAUUUUCACACAUUUUUCCAUAUUUUCCUUAAUUUUU